CGCAGGUGGCAUGUGCGUCGCAUAGUGCUGCCACCUUCUGUUUUUCUUGAGAUCUGGCAAAGAGAAAGAUAUUGAGGUGUCUGUGCCAAGGAGGGACUGUGCUCAUCAACAUAUGCCAUCAUGGAUGACGAGAAGGUCUUGGAUGAAGUGGGCCUCGAAAUUGAGGGCCCAGGGAUCAGAACAGGUUCCAUUGCAAUGCCAAAUUUGCCCAAGCCGCUUACAAUGGAAGAGAAGAAAUAUCUUCUCGCAGUGGAGAGGGGUGAUUUGGCUAAUGUCAGAAGGAUGCUGAAGCUCGCCCACAGGAGAAGACACUUCAACAUGAACUGUGUUGAUCCCCUAGGGAGGGACGCACUGUCUUUGGCAAUUGAUGGAGAGAACUUUGAAAUGGUGGAGCUGCUGGUUGUCAUGGGUGUGGAAACAAAGGAUGCGCUACUGCACUCGAUUGACGUGGGGUUUGUUGAAGCUGCCGAACUGCUUCUGGAGCAUGAGGAACUUAUUCAUAAAGAGGGAGAGCCUUAUAGUUGGCAAAAAGCAGACUGGAAUACUGCAACUUUCACUCCAGACAUCACACCCCUCAUACUUGCUGCUCAUCGGAACAACUACGAGAUCCUCAAGAUUUUACUAGACAGGGGUGCAACACUACCAAUGCCGCAUGAUGUAAAAUGUGGCUGUGAUGACUGCAUUCGAGAAUCUCAGGAAGACUCACUCCGAUUCUCUGUGUCUCGUCUGAAUGAGUAUCGUGCCCUAGCAAGCCCUUCUUUAAUUGCUUUGUCAUCGAAUGAUCCCAUCCUUACAGCUUUUCAACUAUCCUGGGAGCUUCGUAACUUAGCGUUUGCUGAGCAAGAGAGCAAAAGUGAUUACAUGGAACUCCGACGCCAGUGCCAACAGUUCGCAGUUGACCUUCUGCACCAGUCUCGAAGCUCCCAGGAACUUGCCAUUAUCCUUAAUCAUGAUCCUGACGCCCCCCCUUAUGAACAUGGAGAGCAUAUGAAGCUGGCUCGACUGGAACUGGCCAUAAACUACAAACAGAAAAAGUUCGUUGCUCAUCCCAGCAUUCAACAGUUACUGGCUACCAUUUGGUAUGAAGGACUUCCUGGAUUCCGCCGCAAGCCUCUGGCACAGAAGCUGAUGCAGAUAUCACAAGUUGCAUUACUGUUUCCCUUUUACUGUAUGCUCUACAUUAUUGCACCAAACACACCCACUGGAAAAUUAAUGAGGAAGCCAUUCAUGAAAUUUCUCAUCCAUGCAUCCUCUUACCUGUUCUUCUUAUUGAUUCUGAUCCUGGUAUCUCAACGUGCCGAAGUACAAGUGAUCCAGAUAUUUGGAACAGCAAGCAUGAGAAAGGCUCUGGCAGAACAGCUUCAGAAACAACGUGGUAAUGCUCCCUCACCUCUGGAAUGGAUUGUUGUGGUUUAUGUUCUUGGGUUCAUAUGGGAGGAAACAAUGGAAAUCUUUCAGGAGGGAAUCCAGAGUUAUCUGCGAAAUAUGUGGAACUUUAUUGACUUCACUCGCAACUCACUUUAUGUGUCUGUGGCCAUCCUCCGUAUUGCAGCGUACAUACAGCAGACUAGAGAGAUUGCUGCUGAUCCACGCACGGCUUAUAUUCCUCGUGAACAAUGGGAUGACUUUGACCCUCAGCUGAUAGCAGAGGGACUCUUUGCUGCAGCCAAUGUAUUCAGCACUCUAAAGUUGGUUCACCUGUUCUCAAUCAAUCCCCAUCUCGGGCCUCUUCAAAUCUCUCUCGGCAGGAUGGUCAUUGAUAUUGUAAAAUUCUUUUUCAUCUAUAGCCUCGUCCUUUUUGCAUUUGCAUGUGGUUUGAACCAGUUACUAUGGUAUUUUGCGGAGAUGGAAAAGCGAAAGUGCUAUCACUUGCCUGGUGGACUGCCUGACUGGGAAAACAAUGGUGAUGCAUGUAUGAAGUGGAGGCGAUUUGGCAAUCUGUUUGAAUCAUCACAGUCGCUGUUCUGGGCAAGUUUUGGUGGAGUUGGGAUCGACAGUUUUGAGCUGACAGGAAUAAAAAGCUACACUCGCUUCUGGGGCCUCCUCAUGUUCGGUUCAUACUCAGUGAUCAACGUCAUUGUGCUGCUGAACCUGCUCAUUGCUAUGAUGUCUAACUCUUACGCCAUGAUUGAUGAACAUUCUGACACUGAAUGGAAGUUUGCAAGAACACGUCUCUGGAUGAGCUACUUUGAAGAAAGUUCCACUCUCCCACCACCAUUCAACAUCUUCCCAACACCCAAACUGUUAUUUAAAACACUGGGUCUGCGCAAGAAGGACAAACUAAGAAGGAUGUCUUCAAAGCGCAAGGAACGCCAAGAGAAAGAACGUGACUACCGCUACACAGCUGUAAUGAGGGCUUUAGUGUGGCGCUAUGUCUCAGCAAUGCAUCGCCAAGCUGAAGAGAAUCCCGUCACGGAGGAUGACAUCAAUGAAGUGAAGGGAGAAAUUUCAGCUGCAAAAUGUGAACUGCUGGAGGUUCUGCAGUCCAAUGGGAUGGACAUCUCUAAAGCAGAUGCCAAGGAGAAGACUAUCCUGGGCAAGAAGAUGAAAAUUUGGGAGCGUCGCCUCAUGAAAGACUUUCAUGUGGCUCCGGUCACUGCAGAAGAAGACAUGCAACAGGGACCAUAUGAAGAUCCCCCAGAGAAUGAGGAUUCGUUGGCUCGGUUCAGACGUAUCGCAAAGCUCGCUGUUUUAAAUUCAUCCUCCCACAAGUGGGGUCAACUUUUGGAAGGCAUGUGUCAAAUAUCUCAAAUUGGACGUUGCAACAACCAAGAAUCUUACAAGAAUCAGCAAAACCUGCAGAAGGCCAUGGACCAGGCUCGUAAACUGGUGAACAGCACACCCACCCCUUGUGCCUCUAGAAGAAGCUCACCCAUCCCACUCCAUAAGACAACAGGUUCAUCCUUCAUGGAGCUGCUUAAGGACGUCACAAAACAGAGUGGAGAAGGUACAAGCAGUGACAGUAGCAUCAACAAGAUUUCCCUAAAAGAAGGAGCUGUACAAAGCAAGCAGGUUUCCUGUUCCACAACACCAGACUUGACACUUGAGAAUGCAAAGAGUAUCCAGCAGGUUGCUGAGAAACAAGAACUGCCAACAAAAUCAGCAAGUAAGCCAUCUUGUGGUGUUACAGCAGAAGCUAGACAAACUGAGAUGGCGCCAUCAGCAAACAAUAUUUCAUCAACUCAGACUACAGCUUCUGAUGAUUCAGCAAAUGUUGACAACCAGUCUCAUGAAGAUGACAAGGAUAAAUCUGUGACACCAGAAGGUGGACAGACUGGUGACCCUGAGAAGCCACAAACAGACAACGCAACCACAGUACCUCCUCAACAGCAGAAGGCUAAUGAUAUCAGUGAAGCCAAAGAAAAACCCUCACAAUUUAAGGUUAGAAUCACCACGCCAGCACCAACUACAGAAGAUGACUUUAAGCCAGAAACAAGGACAAGCAAAUCUCAACUUGAGGAAUCAGAGUCACAUCCUCAAUUUGAAGACAUGCUCAGAAACUCUGAGAACAGUAGCAAUGCUAAUGUGAGCAUGGAGCCUGAAAUGAUUGGCAGUUCCAGCAGAGAGCAGCUUAUAAGUGCCACCACUGAUUCUCCAGUACCACUGAGGACUGCGGAUGUGAAAACAAUUAAACGACAACAAAAAGGGGGUUGGUUAUAAAGUAGAUAUUAUGACGCUGCAGAACAGGACACAAUCUUGUCUCCUGGGGUGAAAUCAGACUGGAAAAUUCAGGGUUGUACCGCCAUGUAGUCUGGUAGAAGCAUAUGUAUGGACCAGUAAACAUUGAACAAUGAUGGCGUGAUCAUUAGCAGGGCAAAACUGAUUUAACUCAGAGAAAACCCUGCUACAGUGCCAUCUUAUCUACCAAAACUCUUGCAUUCAGUCACUUGGAACUAAACAUGGGAAUCCUCUGUGACAAGCCAGCACCCAACGAAUUGAGCUAUGGCACUGCCUACAUGAUUCAGUAAAUGAUUACAUUUCCAGUUUAAUUUGUACGCUGACACAACUACAAUGUAAUUAUGAAGUCACAGGUCAUUAACAUGUAGAGGUUUGCUACUAACUGAGCUGCAGAGAAGUCAGGUGUAUAAAGCGAUUCAUUGAUCUAAUAAAGUAUUCUGGGCUGCUUUAGAGGGCAUCCUCCACAUUUCACUCCUUGGGCUAUUCAUUUUAAUGGAUUCAGGUACUACCAAUUGAGUAACUGAACUAAUGGAGCAUUUUAAGCAAUUAUGCUACAUUAAAAUUUUCACAGAAGCUUUACAUUAGACUCAUUCUGAUCUGCUGUUUCACUCUGAGUGAGAUCCUCAUCCAUGUCACUGAUCACUGAGGACCUUGGCUAUCCAUAAAACAGCCACAGUUAGUCAGCUUUUAAAAUCUUUAUUAUUUACGAUGUUUUCUAUAACUUGU